AUGUCCUCGUAUGCAUUCUUUGUGCAAACUUGCCGGGAGGAACACAAGAAGAAGCACCCGGAUGCUUCUGUCAACUUCUCAGAGUUCUCCAAGAAAUGCUCAGAAAGGUGGAAGACCAUGUCUGCUAAAGAAAAGGAAAAAUUUGAAGACAUGGCCAAGGCUGACAAGGCUCCUUAUGAAAGAGAAAUGAAAACCUACAUCCCCCCCAAAGGGGAGACCAAAAAGAAGUUCAAGGACCCCAAUGCACCCAAGAGGCCUCCUUCGGCCUUCUUGUUCUGUUCUGAGUAUCGCCCCAAAAUCAAAGGAGAGCACCCUGGCUUAUCCAUUGGUGAUGCUGCAAAGAACCUGGGAGAGAUGUGGAACAACACCGCUGCACAUGACAAGCAGCCCUACGAAAAGAAGGCUGCCAAGCUGAAGGAGGAGUACGAACAGGAUAUCGCUGCCUACAGAGCUAAAGGAAAACCUGAUGCAGCGAAAAGGGGUCGGGGGUAG